ACCUCUACAUCUUCUCUCUGAGCUUCCAAAGGAAGGGAUCAGUUCCUUGCCAUCUAUGCCAGGAUUUUAUGAAGCCCUGAACCUUCAAAAUAAAAACCAAGAGACGGCACUGGAUAUCGCAGUUAAGAAUGAAAAUUUGGAUGCUGUCAAGUUUUUGGUCUCACAUGGUGCUGACGUCAACAUAUUCUGCCUCAGCUCUCAGAAGGGAACAGGGAGUAAGGCUGUCCACAGAAAUGAAACAGUACAGCAAACAGCUCUGCAUGAAGCUGUUGAACUGGGCAACAAAGAAAUCGUUAAAGUUCUCCUGACUUCCCAGAAUGUUAAAGUGGAUGCCAGGCGGCCAGAUUCUGGACUGACACCAUUGAUGCUGGCCCUGCAACUUCAUCGGCAGUCUGACCGCAGGGAGAUAAUUUCUGAGCUGAUCAAUCACCAGGCAUCUCUUCACCUUCACGACACCAUCCAAGGAAAGACUCCCCUGAUGCUUGCCAUCCAGUCCAGGGAUGUGUCCCUAGUGGAGGCAAUACUGCAGCAAGUCGGGGCAGAGGAGGCACGUCGCCUUGUCAGUGUGAGAGCCAAGAAGGACAUGACCUGCCUUCAUUUUGCUGCAGAGCUCCGGCUGGAGUCAUCGCUGAAGAAGCGACUUCUCCGAUGCAUUAUUGUGGCUGGAGGAGAUCCAUCAGCGAAAAAUUCAGAAGGGGAAACACCUCGUGACUGGGCCAAAACAGAAAUAAAUGAAGUGCUACAAAAUCUGGCAAGAUUAUUCAACCCAUGA